AUGAACGCUAUGAUUUGUCAACUCAUAGACCUACCGCGUUACAUGGAGUCCGAAAACAGGAGAUUCCAACCGUGGCGGGACUACAUGAAGCUGGCUGACCUAGUGCGGGAGAUGCAGUUAGGAAACUUCACUUCAGAACCGUCAACCGUUGAGGGUCAUGACUCCGGGAUAUGCUCGACCAUGGUGGAAUUUGAAGAGUUUCUGCCGCGAGCCUUGCUGUCACCGAUAACACCUGUGGCGACAACACCCCUACGGCACGAAAUGGAUCCCCUGGAUUCCGAAAUCGUCCUUUUGCAUAAAGACGCUGCUUUACGUCCGAGCAGCACCAAGGGUCCCGAGCCCCCUACAGCAGCGUCCAGACCCUCCGUGGGCACCCGGGGCCAGAGGGAGAGAAAGAAGGCGACCCGCUCCAAGACGCCGGAGGAGGUGCCAUCGCCUGAGCGCAAGUUCUGCAGCUUCUGCAAACACAACGGGGAGUCUGAGUCUGUGUUUGAGUCCCACAGUCUCAAGGACCAGGAUGGGGACGUGGUGUGCCCGUACCUGCGGCAGUAUAUCUGCCCUCUCUGCGGGGCCACCGGGGCUCAAGCCCACACCAAGCGCUUCUGUCCCCGGGUGGAAACCACCUACAGGUCGGUCUAUGUCAAGUGAUAGAAGCGCUAGCUCUGGUCCAGGCCGUUAC